AUGGACGCGACCGUUGAGGAGAUCCUGGUCGAAGGUGGAGGUUCAGUCGCCGCGACGCGUCGGUCCUCAAGGCCCGCGAAACCGACAGCAAAACUGCAGGAAAACCUGCAGGCGGCUGUGAGAAAGACGGGUACGUCAAAGAAGGCCGGUUCGGCGCAAACGCGAGAAGGAGAGAAUGAGUUUAGCGACAGGGCCGGAGCAUCACAGACGGAAGGUGCGGCAAGCAACAACGCGUCGCUGGUGCAGAUGAUGCUCCGCACAAUGCUCCAGGAAACAUCAACCCAUCUCAUGAGCGAACAGAAGCAAAUGCUGGAGAGGCUAUGGGACGCGUUGAUGGAGAACCAGCGAACAGCUACUCAGAUGAUGAGUGAUCAGCUGGAGAUGAUUCGACAACUCCAGCAGGAAAUCCAAACGAUCAAGAUGCAGGCAGCCGAAGAGCUGAAUAAGGCAGAAGAGUUUAGACGCAUGCACGAACAGACCACCAGGCAACUGAGAAUAAUGCGAGAACAGACGGCUGAGCAGCUUAGAGCCAUGCGAGAACAGGCAGCAAAAGACCUUGAGCAAAUGCGGCAACAGAUGAUGGAGCAGCUAGAACAGGCGCGCAACCAGGCGACGGAAGAAAUGAAACAGAUGAGGGUACAACUAAAUGCGAUGGCCGACGGUAUCACCAGCGGUGCGCAGGCGAGCCCACAACCAUCCAGCGCUGCCCACAAAAUCAAACAAACAGCCAAACAAAUCAAUCAAAUAUGCCAGAAUCUUAUAUCAAAUCAAACAAAUGGAAAACACCGGAUUUGA